UAAGCCCAAACCCGCCCCGCACCAAACCCCUACGGGCCGGUACCCAGUUUGACAUCUCUACACGUUAGUGAAUAUUUCUCCGACAAAGAAUUAAACGACCAAUGAUGUUUGGUAUAGCAAAGCCCGAAGAAAAUGGCCUCGUCACCAAUUCUCACCACGUCACUUCCGCAAAAACAGUUGACCACUUCCUCGUCCGCAGGUGGAUUCCGCCUUCCGCCGCCUGAGAAACUCGCAAUUCUACUCGACAAAUCUGAAUCAGUGGAUUUAGUCAAGCAAAUCCACGCGGCUAUCCUCCGCCGUAACCUCUUCCUCCAUCCUUACCACCCUGUCCUAAACCUCAAGCUCCACCGUGCAUACGCUUCCCACGCCAAAAUUCGCCACUCGUUGUCUCUAAUUCACCAGACGAUCGAUCCCGACUUGUUCCUAAUCGCCGCCGCGAUCAACACCGCCUCCACUAACGGCCUCCGUGACCAAGCUUUCCUUCUUUACUUUCAAUUGCUAUCUUCUGAAACCGUCCCCAACGAGUUUACUUUCUCGUCAAUUUUGAAAUCAUGCUCGAGUCAGUCUGUAAAAGCGAUCCAUACACAUGUCCUCAAGUUCGGAUUGGGGCUAGAUCCUUACGUGGCGACCGGUCUCGUCGACGUUUACUCGAGAGGAGGAGAUGUAGUUUCUGCGCAGAAGGUGUUCGAUAGAAUGCCUGAGAGAAGCAUCGUUUCCUCCACGGCUAUGAUCACCUGCUACGCGAAGCAAGGGAACGUUGAGUCUGCGAGGGCUCUGUUCGAAAGCGUGCCUGAGACUGAGAGAGACAUUGUUUCUUGGAACGUGAUGAUCGAUGGAUACGCUCAACAUGGCUUUCCCAGCGAAGCUCUGAUGCUUUUCCAGAAACUGUUGGCCAAAGGAAAGCCUAAACCUGAUGAAAUAACCGUGGUGGCUACUCUUUCGGCCUGUUCGCAGAUCGGCGCGCUUGAAUCCGGGCGUUGGAUCCAUGUUUUCAUCAAGAGAAGUCGCAUCAGGGUCAAUGUUAAAGUAUGCACGGCUUUGAUUGAUAUGUAUAGCAAAUGUGGGAGCUUGGAAGAGGCUGUUUCAGUGUUUAACGAUGCUCCGAGGAAGGAUGUCGUUGCGUGGAAUGCGAUGAUUGCUGGAUACGCAAUGCAUGGUUAUAGCCAAGAAGCGUUGAGAUUGUUUGAUGAGAUGCAGGGAACCGCAGGGUUGCAGCCAACGGAUAUCACUUUUAUCGCAACACUACAGGCUUGUGCUCAUGCUGGUUUGGUAAAGGAAGGUGUAAGAAUGUUUGAGUCAAUGGGACAAGAGUUUGGUAUUAAACCAAAGAUCGAACAUUACGGAUGUUUGGUCAGUCUCCUUGGUCGCGCUGGUCGGCUAAAACAGGCUUAUGAGAUCAUAAGAAACAUGGAAAUAGAGGCUGAUUCCGUUGUAUGGAGUUCUCUUCUAGGAAGCUGUAAACUUGAUGGAGAUUUCGUGUUAGGGAAGGAAAUUGCAGAAUAUCUCAUUGGACGGAACAUCACAAACUCAGGAACUUAUGUUCUUCUUUCGAAUAUAUAUGCAUCUGUGGGUAAUUAUGAAGGCGUGGCGAAAGUGAGGAGCUUGAUGAAGGAGAAAACAAUAGUGAAAGAGCCAGGAGUAAGCGCCAUAGAAGUCGAUGAUAGAGUUCAUGAAUUCCGAGCUGGAGAUAGAAACCAUCUGCAAAGCAAGCAGAUUUACACAAUGGUGAGAAAGAUGAGCGAAAGGAUCAAGUCUUGUGGUUACGUGCCAGACACAAACGCGGUCUUGCAAGAUCUCGAAGAGACAGAGAAAGAGGAGUCUCUAGAGGUUCACAGCGAGAGGCUAGCCAUUGCGUAUGGUCUGAUCAGUACUAAACCAGGAAGUCCCUUGAGGAUAUUCAAGAACCUGCGAGUGUGUUCGGAUUGUCAUACGGUGACAAAACUGAUAUCGAAGAUCACAGGGAGGAAGAUUGUCAUGAGAGAUCGGAAUAGGUUCCAUCAUUUCGUGGAUGGUUCUUGUUCUUGUGGCGGUUUUUGGUAAAACCAAACGCUACGCAUUGUGGGUUGUACAUGAAAAGGAGUCAAUUUUGUCUUAAUGUAUCUGGCAUUUAGUCUCAAUGUCUCCGUCGUAAAUAGAUUGUGUGUAGAUGAAGCCAAACAAUCUCUAAAGACCUUAAAACAUUUAUCCUCCAGUGAUCAAAAAGCUGCUCAUCCCAACGCAGCUCCUUCAACUUGAAGGAAGCUUUCCCAGAAGAACAAUGAACAAAGUUGUAGGAACUACAGAACAGCAUUCAACAAAAAUGGGCUGCUUGAAAAAGAUAUGCAAAUCAAGAAACCUUGAGCUGAGAAAAAUCAGAAAGUAGAUUGUUCUGUGGUCUUGCGUUCUCAAUUGACUCCUUUCAACCAUGGUGGUGCAAGUGCCAGUGGUUUAGGUUUUCCAUUACCUGAAAGACGGGUUGAGACUUGAGAGCAUUGUCUAUACUUCAACUGGUCGGUGGUUUCCGUAUCACAUUGAUUUUCAUGGUUACGUACACCUUCCUGGAACCGAAACAACAACAGAAAAGAAUAAUCCUUUUUUUUUUAAAGUUAAUUAAUUCGAACUAUGUUAUUAACAUUUUAUCAGAUUCCAGGACAGAGAUAUUUUGUAGUUACUUAUUCAUUACACAAUAUCAAAAGAUCCUCCUCCUCUAA